CUACCCCAACACAAUUUGUUCUCUCCUCUUUUGUGCUGUACAAUCUCCAAGCAUUUCUCUCUUCCAAACUACCGAACCAAAUAUGGCUGCUGAUCCUAUCCUUAGUUCUGUUACGGAUGUCACCUUAUCCAAGGUGAUUUCAGUUGCUAACAAGCAGCUCAACUUAGCGGUCGGAUUCAGGCAGGAGCUGAGGAGGUUUCAUGAGACGCUGGAAAUGAUCCAGGGGGUGUUGCAGGAUGCAGAGCAGAAGGGAAUGAUAGACCGCCCUGAUCUGAAGCCUUGGCUUAAAAGGCUUUGGAGUAUAGCUGAAGAGGCUGACGAUGUGAUGGAUGAAAUUGCAUAUGAAAAUCUGAGGUACAAGGUAGCUCACAUGUGGGACAAGGUCAGCUAUUUCUUUACUCUUUCCAAUCCUUUAGCUUUUCGCCUUAAGAUAGCUAACAGGAUUAAGAAUUUAAAUUUAGAACUAGAUCACCUUAGUAAGAGGGCCACUGACUUAGGGCUGCAACAUAGACUUGCAAUCAGGGAUCCUGAACAUAUAGAAACCCGACAAACAAAUUCCUCAAUUGUUUAUCCAUCAGAAAUUGUAGGAAGAGAAAAUAAGGUCCUAGACGUCAUUGAAUCAUUGAUUGACUCAAGUAAUGAUCGACCUCUCCUUGUUGUAUCCAUAGUGGGUAUGGGAGGCAUAGGCAAAACUACUGUGGCCAAACUAGUGCGUAACAAUGAGCAAAUACAGAGCCAUUUUUUCAAAAUAAUAUGGGUUUGUGUUUCUGAAAAUUUUAAUUUGAAACAAAUUUUAGUAGAGAUGUUGCGAGCUUUUGGUGAAAAUGUUUCUCUGGAUGUAAGUCAAGAAAUUGUAGUUCAAAAACUGCAGGAAAAAUUGAGGGAGGAAAAUUUGAGGGAGGAAAAUUUGAGGGAGAAAAAUUUGAGGGAGAAAAAUUAUCUUCUCAUAUUAGAUGAUGUAUGGAAUGAAGAUUGGCAAAAAUGGGAAUCCUUAAGGAGUUGUUUGUUGGGAAUAGGUAAAAAUGUUGGGAGUAGGGUUCUUGUCACAACUCGAAAUGAAAUUGUAGCUUCCACAAUGGGAACACUUUCUGAGCACAUGCAUCAUCUAGAGAAGCUAACAGAUGAGGAUUGUUGGUCUAUAAUCAAGCAGAGAGCAUUUGGCAGCUCAUCAUUCUCUUCAGAAUUGGAGGGGAUUGGAAUGGAUAUUGCUAGCAAAUGUAGAGGUUUAGCAUUAGUUGCAAAUGUUAUUGGGGGGAGUUUGUGCAAUAAUUGGGAGAAGGAUUACUGGUUGUCAAUCAGAGAUAAUAGUGAAGUGUGGGGUUCAAUAGAAGAAGCUAAAGGAGUUCUGCGAGUGUUGCAGUUGAGUUUCAAUCACUUGCCAACACCUGCUUUGAAACAAUGUUUUACUUUCUGCUCUAUUUUCCCUAAAGAUUCUGUCAUGGAAAAGGAGAUGUUAAUCCAACUCUGGAUGGCUGAAGGAUUUCUUCAGCCGUUUAGUGAAAGUUACUCAGAGAUGGAGGGUGGUAUUGGUGAUAAGUAUUUCAAUGCAUUGUCAUCAUAUUCUUUAUUUCAGGAUGUUGAAAGAGAUUCUUAUGGAAGCAUUAUUGCUUGCAAAAUGCAUGAUUUAAUUCAUGAUCUUGCACAAUCUGUUUCAAAGUCCCAAACUUUGAUUUUGGAAGAUGGCAAUGGAAGGAAUAUUCCUACAGACAUUCGACAUUUAAAUGUCAUUUCUGGUAAGGGUAUGGCAGCGGCAAGAUUUGGGGAUGCCACUAAAAAAUUGCACACUUUGUUUUCACAAGUUGAUGUCUUUCACAGUAUGUCAAUGAGCUUCAGAAAGGUGCGGGUUCUUAGUUUUUGUGGUGCUGAUAUUGAUAAGUUGCCAGCUUUUUUGGGGAAAAUGAAGCAUUUAAGGUUCUUGGAUGUUUCAAGAACUAGAAUCAAAGAACUUCCCAAGUUCAUCACCAAGCUCUAUCAUUUGCAGACAUUUAGAUUUAUGGAUUGCAAGGAAAUCAAAAGGCCUUUGAAAGGAAUAUGGGACUUAGUCAAUUUGAGACACAUUUAUUUCAAUCAGUGGAAGCUUAUGCCAGCAGGGAUUGGUAGACUGACUUGUUUGAAAACAUUACAAUUAUUUGUUGUGAGCCAACAGAAGGGAUUUCAAAUUGAAGAAUUGGGAUGUUUAAGCCAACUCAGGGGAAAAUUAGAGAUUUGCAAUUUGGAUAUGGUUAGACACAAAAAAGAAGCCAUGGGAGCAGGACUUUCUAAAAAGGCUACAAUUCAAGAGUUGCAAUUGGUGUUUGGUAAAAAGCGUACAAUUCAAGACCGGCAAUCACCGUUGAGUGAGGAAUCCAGUGGCAGUGAAGAUAGAUGCAAACAUGAUGAAGAUAUCUUGGAAGACCUCCAACCUCAUUCAGAUUUGAAAGGCUUAACUAUUGAACGCUACUGUGGUAAAAGCUGUCCUUCAUGGAUGUUAGAAACAAAAGAUUUUCUCAAAAAUUUGAUGUUCAUGACCUUUUAUGAAUGUCCUUGGUUGGAAAGCAUUCCAUCACUUUCACUCAGCAAUGAGGCAAAGUUAGAAAUUAAAAAUUGCAAGAAUUUGAAAAGCAUUGCAUAUUCGUCCCUUCAAAAACUCAUCAUUGAGGACUGUGAGGAACUAGUUCAGGUAGAGGUUGCACCAGUUGCCAUGUCCAUGUCCAGUGUAUAUGGGUUGUCCUCUCUUCAAAAAAUUGAAAUACGCUGGUGUGGGCAAUUGAAAAGCAUAGGAGAGGAUUUAUCUACUGCCACGUGUCUUAAAGAGUUGAUUGUAGCAGGCUGCAAUGGUUUGAUGUCCUUUCCGAACCUCCAUGGGCUGUCCUCUCUCCAAAAAAUUGAAAUAUGCUGGUGUAGGCAAUUGAAAAGCAUAGGAAAGGAUUUAUCUACUGUCAUGUGUCUCAAAGAGUUGAUUGUAACAGACUGCUAUGGUUUGAGGUCCUUUCCGAACCUCCAUGGGCUAUCCUCUCUUCAAAAAAUUUCAAUAUCCUACUGUGGGCAAUUGAAAAGCAUAGGAGAGGAUUUAUCUACUGCCAUGUGUCUCAAAGAGUUGAUUGUAACAGACUGCAAUGGUUUGAUGUCCUUUCCGAACCUCCAUGGGCUGUCCUCUCUUCAAAAAAUUGAAAUACGCAGGUGCGAGCGAUUGCAAAGCAUAGGAGAGGAUUUAUCUACUACCACAUGUCUCAAAGAGUUGAUUGUAACAGACUGCGAUGGUUUGAUGUCCUUUCCGAACCUCCAUGGGCUAUCCUCUCUUCAAAAAAUUGAAAUACGCCGGUGUGAGCGAUUGAAAAGCUUAGGAGAGGAUUUAUCUACUGUCACGUGUCUCAAAGAGUUGACUGUAAAGGGGUGCCCUAGUUUGAUGUCCUUUCCGAACCUCCAUGGGCUGUCCUCUCUUCAAAAAAUUGAAAUAGUCCAGUGUAGGCAAUUGAAAAGCAUAGGAGAGGAUUUAUCUACUGCCACGUGUCUUCAAAAGUUGACUGUAGAGGGGUGCCCUGGUUUGAUGUCCUUUCCGAACCUCCAUGGGCUGUCCUCCCUUCAAAAAAUUGAAAUAGUCCAGUGUGGGCAAUUGAAAAGCAUAGGAGAAGAUUUAUCUACUGCCACGUGUCUCAAAGAGUUGACUGUAAGCAUGUGCCGUGGUUUGAUGUCCUUUCCGAACCUCCAUGGGUUUUCAUCUCUUCAAACUUUAUGGAUAAGCAAUUGUGGUGGAUUAAGAAGUUUGCCAAGUGGGUUGCCAUCAUGCACUGCUCUUGAGGAAUUGGAUAUCUCCAACUGUGAUAAUCUAAUCUCUAUUCCAGAUGAUUUGAGGAGGAGCUGGAGCAUCCCUAACCCUGCCUACCUUGCUCGCCUGAAGAAGCUGAGUAUUGGUGGUUUCUCAACAGAGCUCAAGGAACUUCCAGAUCUGGGCUUCAUCGGAUCUCAUCUUGAAGGAUUGACUUUGAUUGCAUGGGGAGAACGAAGAGAAUGUCUGCUGGAUCAAAUUCAACACCUAACUGCCCUUAAGUCUCUCGGAGUAAGGGAUUUUGAUGGACUGGAAGCUUUGCCGAAUUGGUUUGGAAACUUAUCCUCUCUUCAAACUCUGAGGAUUUCCAACUGCAAAUCUCUGAAACAUAUGAAAGCCAUCCGAUGCAUCUCCAAAUUAGGAAGUCUUGAUAUUGAUGGAUGCCCUGAGUUAAAGGAAAGAUGCACCAAAGGAAGUGGAGCCGAGUGGGACUGCAUCUCUCACAUUCCAAACAUCAAAAUAGACGACACAUGGAUCCAACGCGAAUAAGCUCUCAUUGAGGAUGAUGAUAGUGAGCAAUUACCAGUGCGGGCUGCAGGGUUGAGACGCUUCAUUUGUUGCAGAAACUAAUAAAAUAGAAAGUAAAACAAGAUUCGAAAAUUAAAGGCUGGCAUCAUGGCUUGGUAGCCCAACCCAGACCACAGACUUCAAUGCUGAUUGUGAGGAUGAAAACAAGAUUCAGAGCCCGGCAUAAAAGACGAUACAAUUUUAAAAAAUGAAGUUGCUCAGACAAGUAUUGUGAAUGCUUGCAAGCCUGUCAAAUGUCAAUUAUGUCAUUCUGUAUAAGAUUUACUUAUCUGAUGUGUAGAUAACGUAUGUUGUGUAUAAAGGCUGAAUCAUUUU